GUGGCGACGCUGUCCAAAGUGCGGCUGCGCAAGGGUGACGGCGCGCGGGCAAGGGGGAGGGGGUGUUUUGGUUCUAAUCGCUCGCCGUCCUUCCAGGCUUGCCGUCGGAAAGCUUCUAGUUCUCGUUUCCCUUUCCCUCUCCUGGCCCCAGUCCUUCCUCUCUCUUUCCCUUCUUUCCGCCUUUUUUCUGCUGCCGCUCCGGGUCCGGGCCAUUUUCCGGGCCGGGCGCACUAAGGUGCGCGGCCCCGGGGCCCAGUAUAUGACCCGCCGUCCUGCUAUCCCUCUCUUCCCCCGCCCCAUGUGGCUGCGGGGCCGCGGCGGCGCUGCCCACUAUGGCCCGGAAAGCAGUUAGCAGGAAGCGGAAAGCGCCCGCCUCGCCGGGAGCUGGGAGCGACGCUCAGGGCCCGCAGUUUGGCUGGGAUCACACGCUUCACAAAAGGAAAAGACUUCCUCCUGUGAAGAGAUCCUUAGUAUACUACUUGAAGAACCGGGAAGUCAGGCUACAGAAUGAAACCAGCUACUCUCGAGUGUUGCAUGGUUAUGCAGCACAGCAACUUCCCAGUCUCCUGAAGGAGAGAGAGUUUCACCUUGGGACCCUUAAUAAAGUGUUUGCAUCUCAGUGGUUGAAUCAUAGGCAAGUGGUGUGUGGCACAAAAUGCAACACGCUAUUUGUAGUAGAUGUCCAGACAAGCCAGAUCACCAAGAUCCCAAUUCUGAAAGACCGGGAACCUGGAGGUGUGACCCAGCAGGGCUGUGGUAUCCAUGCUAUCGAGCUGAAUCCUUCUAGAACACUGCUAGCCACUGGAGGAGACAACCCCAACAGUCUUGCCAUCUAUCGACUACCUACACUGGAUCCUGUGUGUGUAGGAGAUGAUGGACACAAGGACUGGAUCUUUUCCAUCGCAUGGAUCAGCGACACUAUGGCAGUGUCGGGCUCACGCGAUGGUUCUAUGGGACUCUGGGAGGUGACAGAUGAUGUUUUGACCAAAAGUGAUGCAAGACACAAUGUGUCGCGGGUCCCUGUGUAUGCACACAUCACUCACAAGGCCUUAAAGGACAUCCCCAAAGAAGACACAAACCCUGACAACUGCAAGGUUCGGGCUCUGGCCUUCAACAGCAAGAACAAGGAAUUGGGAGCAGUGUCUCUGGAUGGCUACUUUCAUCUCUGGAAGGCUGAAAAUACACUAUCUAAGGUGUGA